AAUUCAUUUUCCCGCCCUUUCCAUCUCCGUUUUCUAUAAAAAAACAGCACCUUUUUACUCCCGUCAACUAAUUUAUGCUCUUAGAACUUGGAAAAACAAGGGAAAUCGAAUCGUCAUCCCAUUCCACAUUCAAUCGAUCGACUUCCUCGACUGCUUGAUUUCGGGAUAAAGUUGAAUCCAUAGAAAUUGGAGCGAUUUAGGUUUAGGAAAACAAAUCAACAGAUGGGGGUUCCGAUGGAGACGACGCCGACCACCGACGAGUUCACACACACCGGUUCCGAGUCGACUCGGGAGAGAUCGUCCAGUAGUACCCCGAGGCUCUUCAUCAGAGAAAUGGUCCUCAGGAACUUCAAAUCCUACGCCGGCGAGCAACGCGUUGGUCCCUUCCACAAGAGUUUUUCGGCGGUGGUUGGGCCGAAUGGCAGUGGGAAGAGCAAUGUGAUUGAUGCCAUGUUAUUUGUCUUCGGAAAGCGAGCUAAGCAGAUGCGUCUCAACAAAGUAUCAGAGCUUAUCCACAAUUCAACUAAUCACCAGAAUCUGGAUAGUGCUGGUGUAUCUGUCCACUUUCAGGAGAUCAUUGAUUUGGAUGAGGGUACAUAUGAAGCUGUUCCAGGAAGUGAUUUUGUGAUAACACGCAUUGCGUUCCGAGAUAACUCUUCUAAGUACUACAUCAACGAUCGUCUGAGUAAUUUCACAGAGGUUACCAAGAAGCUGAAAGGGAAAGGAGUGGACUUGGACAAUAACCGUUUUUUGAUACUUCAGGGUGAAGUUGAGCAGAUUUCACUGAUGAAGCCGAAGGCUCAAGGACCGCAUGAUGAAGGUUUUCUUGAAUAUCUUGAGGACAUAAUUGGAACUAAUAAAUAUGUUGAAAUGAUAGACGAGUCAUAUAAGCAGCUAGAAGUCCUUAAUGAUAAAAGGUCUGGGGUGGUUCAAAUGGUUAAAUUAGCAGAGAAAGAAAGAGAUAGUUUGGAGGGUGUAAAAAAUGAAGCAGAAGCCUAUAUGUUGAAGAGGUUGUCAUUGUUGAAAUGGCAAGAAAAAGCCACAAAACUGGCUUCUGAAGCUACCGAUGGUGAAAUGGCGGAAAAGCAAGAUAAGGUGUCAAGCUUGGAAGAAAAUCUUAAGUUGGAAAGGGGGAAGAUUCAGGAAAAUAAGAAGACAUUAAAGGAGCUUGAGGCUUUGCACAUGAAGUAUAUGAAGAAACAAGAGGAACUUGAUAGUGGACUCAGACGUUGUAAGGAGGAGUUCAAAGAGUUUGAAAGGCAGGAUGUUAAAUACAGAGAAGAUCUGAAACACAUGAAGCAAAGGAUUAAGAAACUUGAUGAGAAAAUUGAGAAGGAUUCAUCGAAGAUUGAUGACUUCAAAAAAAAAGGAGCGGAUUCCACAAAUAUGAUUCCAAAACUGGAAGAAGAUAUUCCUAAGCUGCAAAAUCUUUUGUCAGAGCAGGAAAAAAUCUUGGAGGAUAUAAAGGAGAGCGCUAAAGUUGAAAUUGAGAUGUUCCGUGGUGAUCUUGCAAAGGUUCGUGCAGAACUAGAACCAUGGGAGAAACAGUUAAUUGAGCACAAGGGUAAACUUGAUGUUGCAUCCACGGAAAGUAAACUUCUGAAUGAGAAGCACGAAGCUGGUUGUGCCGCUUAUGGGGAUGCUCAAAAAAAGAUGAUUGACAUACAGAAUACAAUCGGAAAAAAGACUUCAGGCAUCCUAAGCAUCCAGAAUGAACUAGAGAAAAACAGGCUUGAAGCAGUGGAAGCUCGUGAAGUGGAACAAGAGUGUCUUAAAGAGCAAGAAGCACUAAUUCCUCUUGAACAAGCUGCCAGGCAAAAGGUUGGAGAGCUUUCGUCCGUCAUGGAAUCUGAAAAGAGUCAGGGCUCUGUGUUGAAAGCAAUACUGCAAGCAAAAGAAAUGAACGAGAUACAGGGUAUUUAUGGUCGAAUGGGUGACUUAGGUGCCAUUGAUGCAAAGUAUGACGUGGCCAUCUCAACGGCCUGUCCUGGGCUUGAUUAUAUUGUUGUGGAAACAACUAGUGCAGCUCAAGCAUGUGUGGAGUUACUCCGGAGGAAAAACCUUGGUGUUGCUACUUUCAUGAUUUUGGAGAAACAAGUGGAUCAUUCACCCAGAUUAAAGGAGAAAGUAAGCACUCCAGAGGGAGUUCCUCGGCUUUACGAUUUAAUAAAAGUUCGCGAUGAGAGAAUGAAACUUGCUUUCUAUGCAGCAUUGGGGAACACCAUUGUAGCCCAAGAUAUUGAUCAGGCAACUCGUAUUGCUUAUGGUGGAAACAAGGACUUUCGGCGUGUAGUAACCCUUGAUGGUGCUUUAUUCGAAAGAUCUGGAACUAUGAGUGGUGGGGGAAGCAAGCCACGUGGUGGUAAGAUGGGUACGGCUAUCCGAGCUACAAGUGUUUCUGCUGAAGCUGUUGCGAAUGCUGAGACUGAGCUCUCUGAUAUGGUUGCGAAAUUGAGUAAUAUACGUCAAAAAAUAGCUGAUGCAGUGAAAAGCUACCAAGCCUCGGAAAAGGCUGUUUCGCUUUUAGAGAUGGAAUUAGCUAAAAGCCAGAAAGAGAUUGACAGUUUGAAUACACAACAUGUUUAUCUUGACAAGCAACUUGAUUCGCUGAAAGCUGCAUCACAGCCAAAACAGGACGAGCUUGAUAGGCUUGUGGAACUCAGGAAGAUUAUAUCUGCAGAAGAGACUGAGAUUGACAGGCUUACACAAGGUUCAAAACAGCUGAAGGAAAAGUCUCUGGAGCUUCAGGAUAAAAUAGAGAAUGCAGGUGGUGAAAAAUUGAAAAACCAGAAGUCGAAAGUCACCAAGAUUCAGACUGACAUCGAUAAAAGCAGCACAGAGAUCAAUCGUCACAAAGUUCAGAUGGAAACAGCUGAAAAGACAAUAGCAAAAUUAAUGAAGGGGAUUGAGGAGUCAAAGAAGGAGAAAGAACGGCUUAUUGGAGAGAAAGAGAAGUUGCUUUUGACAUUCAAAGAGAUAGAACAGAAGGCAUUUACAGUUCAAGAGAACUACAAGAAAACUCAGGAGCUUAUUGAUCAACAUAAAGAUGUACUAGAUAAAGCGAAAACUGAUUAUGAAGGACUGAAAAAAUCUGUCGAAGAGUUGCGGGCAUCUGAGGUUGAUGCUGACUUCAAGCUACAAGACUUGAAGAAGGCCUACAAGGAGUUGGAAAUGAAGGGAAAAGGAUACAAGAAAAGGCUUGAUGAUUUGCACAUUGCUUUGUCGGAACAUAUGGAACAAAUUCAAAAAGAUUUGGUGGACCAAGAAAAGCUUCAAGCAACUCUGACAGAUCAAACUCUUGCUGGGGAUUGUGAUUUGAAAAGGGCCUUUGAAACGGUGGCACUGCUUGAAGCACAACUGAAAGAGAUGAACCCAAAUCUUGAAUCAAUCUCAGAAUAUCGGAGAAAAGUUUCCUUGUACAAUGAACGAGUAGAGGAGCUCAACUCUGUGACCCAACAACGCGAUGAUACAAAGAAACAAUACGAUGAUUGGAGAAAGAAAAGGUUAGAUGAGUUCAUGGCAGGAUUUAACACGAUUUCUCUGAAGCUGAAAGAAAUGUAUCAGAUGAUCACCCUCGGUGGUGACGCGGAACUUGAAUUAGUGGACUCUUUGGAUCCUUUUUCUGAGGGUGUUGUUUUCAGUGUAAGACCCCCAAAAAAAAGCUGGAAGAAUAUUGCGAACUUAUCAGGUGGAGAAAAGACACUCAGCUCAUUAGCUCUUGUUUUUGCACUCCACCACUACAAACCUACCCCUCUUUAUGUCAUGGACGAGAUUGAUGCUGCUUUGGAUUUUAAGAAUGUUUCCAUUGUGGGACAUUAUGUGAAAGACCGUACGAAGGAUGCCCAAUUUAUUAUCAUAAGCCUUAGGAACAACAUGUUUGAGUUAGCGGAUAGACUUGUUGGAAUCUACAAAACAGAUAAUUGCACUAAGAGCAUCACAAUUAACCCAGGAGGUUUUGUGGUAUGUGAACAAGCAGCUGCUUAAGAAGGGAUUCGUACACUAGAUUUGCGUGGGGCCUGUGUCAUGGUUGUGUUUUCUCCAUGGAUUGAAGUCUCAUCAAUGCCUGGAGCUUGUGAAUAACCCUUUUGGUCAAUGGUCUUGUAUCUGAUUGCAUUUUGGCUAUUUAUUUGCUUUAGGACACAGAUGAGUGAUGGAUACGGUUAAGAGAAAUUUGCAUGCUUACAAGUUUGUUUAUCUUAUUAUUUAGCAGGAUUGAUAUCAUUAAGCAGUCAUCCCCAUGUUGAUCCGUUGCGCUUGGAAACAGUAGUUUGUUUUGUAUCUAUGUCUGUAAGUUCCUAUACUUUGCUAUUUUUUUUGAUAACUCUGAUAGAGCUUGAUCAGUUCUCAAUAUCAGUUGUUACAAAAGAAAUAUGGUUGUCUUGUCC